CCUCAGGAGGAACGGCAGUACUCUCACUUGGGGGGAUGUGCUCAGAGUGGACAAAUCAUGUUGACUGUUUGGGCAGAGCACGAGCGCUAGAGCCACGAUGAAGGCCGGGAGAAAGGCGUGCUCCAGGAUGCUGACCGCUCCCACGCUACCGCUCUUCUGCUACCUCCUCUUCCUCUUCCCGUCAGGGGGCAUCGAAGGUGUGAACAUCACCAGCAUGGGGACUCUGGUCCGGGGAGCAGUGGGAGGGGAGGCGAUGCUCUCCGUUCGUUACUCCAGCACCAGCUCAGACCCACCCGUCAUCAAGUGGCAACUGAAAAGGGACAAGCCGGUCACCGUGGUCCAGUCCAUUGGCACGGAGAUCAUCGGCAACUUGCGGACGGAGUACCGAGACCGCGUCCUGGUGUUCGAGAAUGGCACACUCCUGCUCCACAACCUAAAGCUCUCCGACGAGGGAACGUACGAGGUGGAGAUCUCCAUCACUGAUGACAUCUUCACGGGAGAAGGCAACAUCGACCUCACUGUAGAUGAGCCCAUAUCCAGGCUACGCGUGGCCAUGGCCACAGCCACCGUCCUGGAGCUGACUGAGCACUUCACGCUGAACUGCUCCCACGAUGCGGGCACCAAGGCCACCUAUAGCUGGACAAAGGGAGGCAAGCCCCUGGCCAACGACACCCGCCUGAUGCUGUCCCCCAACCAAAAGGUCCUAAGCAUCGGGCGAGUGCUCAUGGUGGAUGACGACAUCUAUGCCUGCCAGGCGGAGAACUCCAUCAGCAAUAUGAAGAGCCUGCCAGUCAAACUCACAGUUUACAAAAGAAGCUCUCUUUACAUUAUACUAUCCACAGGGGGCAUCUUUCUUUUAAUAACCUUGGUAACAGUGUGUGCCUGCUGGAAGCCAUCAAAAAGGAAGAAAAGACAGAGGGAGAAAGCAAAUAUACUGACCCUCAGAUCUGACCCUCAGAACCAUGAUAUAAUACAUGAGGACAAGUCUGAAGAUGAAGCGGUUCCGAUAAUGACCGAGCAUGAGUGCAGAAAUCCAGUGUCACUUUACAUCCUGAAAGAGGAGGACCCUACCACCGAUGAGCCGCCAUCACUGUGCCAAACAUGCACCUCUGAAGGCAGCAGCCCACCGAGCUACGGCAGCUCCUUGGCCCCUCCAUCCCGUUCACCGGAGCCUCCUGCGCGCUCCUCGCGCCGCUACCCCCGCACCCCUACCAACUCUCCCCCUGCGUACCACCACCGGAGGCAGGGCCAGAGCCGGAGCCCACCCGCCCCCUCACCACCUCGCACCCGUGGCCCCGCCCACUCAUCCCUUCCUCCUGCACCCUCCCCUCCGAGGCGGCAGCCCACCGAGGCAGUGCGCACCAACCUGCCCACAACCUGAGUAGCUGACGCUUCAUCCGUUUGCACCAAGCCCAUGUGCUGCUCAGAGAGAGAGAAAAGGCCUUUUUGUGUGCUUGCUUUUGUUUAUGAGACAGAAAUGUAAAUAUGUAAAUAUGCAAAAUACCUGCUUCACAAGAUUUUUUUCAUGUAUAUGUCAGUAUUUUUAUUUCUUUUCAAUGUUCAUGUCCUUUCCUUUCAUUGAAAAAAAAUAGGAUAUAUAAAUACUUGCUGCAGUGUAGGUGAUACAGCUUUUGUUUUGGUCUCAAAUACUGUAUUUGAAACCUUUCUAUAUAUGUUUCAUUACAGCAGAGGAAUUUUUCAAUGACAAUAUAAUUUUCAGCCAAUUUGAAUUACAUCAAGCAGAAAUAGGCCCAUAUUUACCAAUAUUCACUUCAUCUGUAGAGAAAUGCAGAAAAUGUUUUGAAAAAUACAAAAAACAAAUGUAGCUCUGCAUCAUUCAAUAAGAUGUUUUGAGAACAGAUUUCUUUUGGGGGUCUUACCAAUGCUGAUGUGUAUCAUGUAGGUGAAAGGAUGUAUUUCAUUCUAUGUGCUGACUUUGAUUUGAUUUGUGAAUGAACAUUAUUUAUUCAUGAGCCAGUUUUGUGUUUCGAAAAUGGUUUAAUUCGUUUUCUGCAUAGUGACUGUGAUUAUAGGAAAGAAUAGCUCUGAAUAGGAUCUUUUUAUGUUCUUUAGGUUUAUUCUCUUUUAACUGUGGGGGACAAUAUAGGAUGAAAAUACUACAUGCACUGUUACUUGAGCACUUUCAAGGAAAUUCAGGUUCCUUUUGCUCUAAUAUUGACAGUCACUGUCCUACGACAACUGAGUACCAGAAUGUACUUUCGCCCUUUCCAGCUUUAAUCCCUUGCAGUAAAAAAAAAAAGGCUGGUUGGUGUACAGUUUGCAUAAAUUGCAAAGGGCGGUGGUAUAUUGAAGCGGAAAUAAAUCACUGGGCUCUCCAA